AUGUCAACCCCGACUCGAGCGCUGUCGCCAGAAGGCACAGUCAAAAGGACAGAUACUGUUGGCACUGUGGAAGAGCCUACCAAGUAUGGCUCGGUCCCAGGUGAAAUGGAUGAUGUGACCCGGGUGGUCGACCACAAAGCUGAACGACGCCUCUGUCGAAAGUUUGAUUAUCGUCUUCUCCCAAUUCUGGCCGUUAUGUAUCUGUUCAAUGCUUUGGAUAAAGGAAAUUUGGGAAAUGCAGAGACCGACGGAAUGACUGAUGGUAAGCAUCAACCCGUCCAGAAUGCCUCACAGUAUAUACUAAAUUCGAUAUCACCAGACCUCAACUUCAAGCCGAAUCAGUACAACCUCCUACUGUCCAUCUUCUUCGUUCCAUUCGUGAUUUUUGCGCCGCCAUUCUCGAUGUUGGGCAAAAAGUAUAGCCCAGCGCGGGUGCUGCCAAUUCUGAUGUUCUCAUUCGGUUGCUUCACUAUGUUAUCGUCUGCGGCGUACAAUUUCAGCGGUAUGUUUGCGCUUCGAUGGUUUUUGGGCAUGUCUGAGGCUGCAUUCUUCCCGCUGGUUAUCUACUACUUGACCACCUUCUACCGCCGUGGGGAAUUGGCUCGUCGCCUGGCUGUGUUCUAUGCCGCAUCUAACAUCGCGAACGCUUUCUCUGGACUUAUUGCGUUCGGAGUUUUCCAGAUCAAGGGAUCAAGUAUCCCCAACUGGCGCUAUCUGUUCAUCAUCGAGGGUGGUGUGACUGUUCUCUUCGCCAUAUUCGCUUUCUUUUAUCUCCCACGCAGUGCCGCGGAGGCAAAGUUUUUGUCCGAAGAGGAGAAGGCCCUGGCUUUCCACCGAAUCCAAGUCGACUCCAGUGCAGUCGUCAACGAGGAGUUCAGCUUCCGCGAGGCAAUUGCCAUCUUCAAGCAUCCUACCACUUAUGUGUUCCUGUGUAUUGAAAUCUGUCUCGGUGUUCCACUGCAGGGCGUGGCUCUCUUCAUGCCGCAGAUCGUGGGACGACUGGGCUACUCCACUGUCAAAACCAACCUUUCCACCGUGGCGCCAAAUGUGACCGGAGCAGUCAUGUUGUUGAUCCUCGCCUUCUCCUCCGAUUGGGUGAAACUCCGAUCGCCUUUCAUUGUCCUAGGCUUCCUACUCACGUUCUCGGGCUUCAUGAUUUAUGCCUCUAUCGAUGAUGUCCAGAACCAACUGCAUGUGGCUUACUUUGCCUGCUUCAUGAUGACAUGGGGUACAUCCGCCCCAUCCGUGAUGCUGAGCACAUGGUACAACAACAACAUUGCCCACGAAGGUCGCCGUGUGCUCCUGACCAGUAUCGGUGUCCCACUGGCCAAUCUGAUGGGUCUGGUGAGCAGCAAUUUGUUCCGCAAGCAAGACGCCCCCAAGUACAUGCCAGCCUUGAUCAGUGUGGCCGCCUUUGGAGCGACGGGUGCCUGUUUGGCUGCUUGCCUCGGUAUGUACAUGUGGCUGGAUAACAAACGUCGCGACCGCCGAGAUGGAGUCACACGUCAUGCACGGGAUAUCCCCACGGAGCGUAUGAGAGAUGGACCGGCGUCUGCCGACUUCCGUUGGUUUUUGUAA